AAGCUGCUGGCCGAGUGUCAGGACCAGCAGUGGUGCCAGUUCUCGGUGCACAGCCAAGUCUUUGGGCUGGACCCCUGCCCUGGGACACACAAGUACCUCAUCGCUUCCUACAAGUGCCGCCCAGGGAACCAUCGGGUCAAGACUGUGUGCGAGAACGACAAGCUGAGGCUGCAGUGCCGACCAAACUCCAUCCUGGCCAUUUAUUCUGCAAACUACGGACGACUCCUGCGGGGCAAACCGGAGUGCGAUGCCCCGAACGCUGGAGGACCCCAUAUAGAGUGCUUGGCUCUGGACGCCCUGCGGAGGGUCUCCAAGAAGUGCCACCGCAAGGGGAACUGCACCGUGGCUGCUGACCAGGCCACCUUCGGGGACCCCUGCCUCCCCGGCACGAAGAAACAGCUGCGGGUCUCCUACACCUGCGUGCCCAGGCAGCUGCUGGAGGAGGUGGGCCCCGACACCUCGGACCCCUUCCUGCUCUCGGACUACAUGCACGGUGGCUGGUACAAAGGGCCCAGGUUCUCCAGGCUCUGGGAAGACCGGAUGAUUUUUACUAGCUCCCUGGCAGCUUUUGCCCACCUUUGGGGCAUCCCAGAGACAGUUGGCCUCUACUUUCUGUGUGGGGUCUCGGGCGGCCUCAUGCUCCUGCUCUGCAUUGUCAGCCCCAAAACCACCUUCCUGCGGGAGCUGGGGGCGGCUUUCAAGGACCCGGAGCUGGGGAGCAGCUCUGAGCUGAGCCGGGCCAAGCUGCGGGAUGAGCAGGACGAGGACCUUCCCGACGACAGCUCCUCGGACUCCUCCUUUCGCCGCCUCACCCGCACCUACCGAGCCACCGACAGCAUCUUCAGCCCCGAGCUGACGGCGGCCAUGGAGGGAGCGGUGGAGCACCAGGGCCGCAGCGGGGAGGAGAUCUGGAUGCCCAAGGAGUCAAGCCCGUAUGCCAUCCACAAGAUCAAAUCGGCCACCAAAUAA